AUGCGUCUUGUGAUAGAAGACAGAUCAGUGAAACGACCAGUUGGUAUAUUGUAUGAUGUGCCGGUAAAGGUGGAUGACUUUAUUCUGCCUACAGAUUUUGUGAUGUUGGAUUGUGAUGUUGAUUUUGAGGUACCCAUCAUUUUGGGUAUACCACUAUUAGCCAUGGGAAGAGUAUUGGUUGAUAUGGAGCUCAAUGAGCUAAAGUUCAGAUGGAAAAUAAAGAGGACUAGUCCAAAGGUUCCGCCUCCACCUAAGCCUAUUGAGGUGAAGGAUACUGAUGAUACUGAGGUAACAACCUCAUCUGAGCAAGCUUCGGAGGAACAAGGAUCAGAACACACUGAGUAA